CGUCACUUGUGUCUGUUUAUUCAAAGUGUUGAAAGUCGAGCAUUCUUUCAGUCUCGUUACCCACCACCCCUCUCACCUCUGCGUCCCUCUUAUUCACAUGGUGCUCAGCGCGCACCAUGGUUACGGGCGUUGAGUUUUCUUUCACUUCUCUUUGACCUCCGUUGCGAUCGGCUUUUUGGGACGCGCAGUUCUCGAUCGCAUUCCUUCGGUUCACUGAUCACCCUUAUACCUCUCUCAUUCUCCUUCCACCAUGGCGGCCGAGGUCGACGUUCGUGCCGUUUCGGCCUUUUCUUCCUUGCCAGAGGGCGCCGUGACAUCUUUACGGGAAACACCUACAACCGAAUCCGUAGAGAACUUCCUGCGCGCUAUUCUACCAAAGAUCAAGGAAUGCGAGCAAACCAAGUCCAAGCAAGUCAAAAUCGAGGUUGAGCUGGAGACUGUUGUCAGAACAAAUGAAUCCAAGACGAAAGUCCUACAAAACUCCCGAGACAAAGCCCUAGCGGAGUCUAGCAAACUUCGCGUCGAGCUGCAGACGACUGAGAAUGCAAAAUCUAGAUUGGAAUCCGAGGUGGAACAGCUGCGUUCUGCAACAGCGAACGAAAACUCGGAGAUCAAUACCCUGAAGUCGAGAGUCACCUCGCUUGAGGCCUCGAACCGCGACACUCUGGGCCUGCUCGAGUCCAAGACUACAGCGUAUGAGAAUUUGUCACAAGAUCUAGCGGCACAGCACCAGAAGGCUGCAGAACUUCGUAAACAGAUUGCGGGUCUCGAACAGUCUGUACAGUCAGCCAAUGCCACGGUUGCCAGCUCAAAGUUCAAGGAGCAGAGCCUUCUACAAGAGGUGGAUAUGCUAAAGAAGAACAACGAGUGGCUGGAAAAUGAACGUAAGAUCAAGGCCGAUGAGCAUACCAACUUUCGAAAGGAGAAAAAUGCACGUAUCUCGGAGUUGUCAAGAUCCAAUGAACAAUACAUCUCGGAAGCAGAGGGUUUGCGGCGGUCGGAAUCUGCACUCAAGCAUCGUCUCGAGGAGCAAACCACCAAGUUUGAGGAGACUUUAGAAGAGAUGCAGAAAUUGCGGGAAGAAAAAAUUUCAGCAGACGAAUCACACCGAGUCGAGGUUGAGAGUGUCACUCGGCUUGCUGACCUACAGGCUGCAUCUGCGGAAACAGCCAAACAGCGUGUUCAGGAACUUUCCGUCGCUCUAGAGGAGGCUCGCGAGGAGGCUGCUGAGGAAAUCGGGACUAUUCGUGCUGAAAUCGAAACUGAGCACAAUGACCGUGUCGCAGCAGAAGAACGAAUCAUCGAGCUGGAGAGAUCGUUGGAGCAACUGUCCAAUGAGCUCGAGCAGGCUCGCGCGAGACCAAGCACUCCGCAACGUGCUACCAAUGGCUCGGCCAUCACCACUCCCAUGCGACCAGGCACUCCUAGUGGCUUCUUCUCGCCUUCCUCGAUAUCAAGACCCAAGGCUCAGAUGACCAUGACUCAGCUAUUUUCGGAAUACAAAAAGCUCGAGGGAGAAUUGGCCACGGAACGACGUGCCAACGAGCAACUUCGUGAAAAUUUGGACGCUAUGGUCGAGGAACUCGAGAACAACAAGCCUGAGAUUGAAGAGCUACGUACCGAUCAUGACCGUCUGCAAAGUGAAGUUGUCGAAAUGUCGACCAUUGUGGACAAAUCCAAUGCUGAGCGAGACUCGGCUGUCAAAGAAUUGAGGCAAUGUCAAGGAGACCUUGAGAGCAAGUCGAGAGAGGUCGAAGUUCUCACACAACAACUGCGCGAUACUGGUUCCCAGAUCCGCUUCCUUCUCAUCGAACAGCAUGUUCGUGAGCAAGGAGGUGCUAUGACGCGAGAAGAAUUCGAUGAUCUUGAGAGACAAGCACAGGAAGCCAUGUCCCAAGAUAUGGCGAAUCUGUCCGAAACCCAGCAACUAGUCAACCAGCGCUUGAUUGUCUUCAAGAACAUUAACGAGCUCCAGCAACAAAAUGAAGACCAACUCAAGACAAUCCGCAACCUGGUGAGCGAACUAGAGAGCAAUGUGGCCAAGGAGAAAGAGCAGCAGAAUCUCGCUCUUACUCAAGAGUUGGAACAGGCUCGGGCUCAAAUCGCAUCGUAUCAAGACGAGCUUCGGACUAUGGUCGCCCAAACCAAAAGCUUCGUGAAAGAAAGAGAUAUGUUUAGGAACAUGUUGACGCGACGAGGACAUCUGUCAGGUGGUCAAAUACAGCCCACGGACUUUUCGAGAUCUUUACCUAUGCCUAGUGGAGAGUCGCCGGCAGGAUCUGCGGCUGGUGGCGAGUCUGAUUACGCAAAAUUGCUCAAGGACCUCCAGCAACACUUCGACACGUAUCGACGAGAAGCAUCCACAGAUCACUCUGCCUUGAAGAUUCAGAACUCGCAAUUGCAGACUGAGAUCAGUCGGACAAUGCUGCAGGCGAACUACAACUCCCUCAAGACCGAAAAUGGUGAAAUCCAGAAGAGAUCUUGGGCUGCCAUGGAAAAUGCCACGAAGCAAGAGCUGAAGACUCAGCAGGUGGCUGAAGAACUUGUUGAGGCCCGGGGUCUUGCCGAGAAAGAUCUGUGGAAGACUGUGGAGAGGAGAUUGAUUGAAGACAACGAUCGACUGGACCAGCUGAAUGCAAGCCUGCACCGACGUCGUGUCCAGGCACAAGCGGAAGCACUUGAGAAGCUCAACGAAGAGAUCGAAGAAAACAAGAAGGCUUCGUUAAGAAGAGAAAUUGACGACUUGGAGGAGUUGGCAUCGGCCAAGACUGCCAGAGAUCAUCUCCAAGCUAGGGUCGAUGAGCUCACCGUCGAACUUCGAUCAGCCGAGGAGCGCCUAGAACCCACGACGGAUGCCUCCGGCGAUGCUGAAUCCUCUUUGACCAGAGAGCAGGAGUUGGCCGUGGAGCUCAAGGUCUCCGAACUUGAGAGAGCAAACGAGCAGAUUGAAUCGAGUGAGGAACGUCUGCAAGAGCUCAGCGAGACCAACGACCAAUAUCGGGAAGAGACCGAAGCGACCCUCGCUGAGAAGGAUGCACAAAUCAAGGAGCUUGAGCAACGCAUCGAAGACAUAUCAUCCGAGCUUAACACGACAAACACGGAACUGUCCAAUCGGAAACUUGAUGAGCAAAAGGCUGCCUUCGAGACCGAGAUCGAACCUCAGUUCAAUCUCGAAGCUUCAAAGAUUCAAGCACAGAUUGCCACCGAAGCGCAGCAGAAUUACGAGAACGAGCUUUCUUUACAUGCAAUCAAGCUCGAGCUAGUCGAUUUGCGUACUCAGGCCGAAACCGCUAAAUCCGACCUUGAACAGAAGCAGAUAUCUGAUCUCAAGAAACGUCGUGAAGAACUUGAAAAUGUCACCCAAAAGAUUACUGCUCUUCAACGUGACCGUGCUGCUUUGGCAGAAGGUGAGACUGCCGAAGGCUCUGGGCAAUCAUCCACGGAGCUUGACAAGCUUCAAGAAGACAUCGUCGAUGCAAAGAGACUUCGCCAGCAAUUGGAGCUCGCGCAAUCCCAGUUGGAUGAUACUCGCCUAAAACUUGAUCAGCAACGUCGUGCGGAGGCUGAUCAUAAGAAGAUGAUGGAAACCCUGAACGACAGUGCUCUUGCGGAGAAGUCUCAACGUAUCGAAGAACUCGAGAACCAGAUGCAGUCUUUGCAUGCUCGUGUUGCCGAGUUGGAAAAUUUGCUGAGCCAGGAAGAUCGCGAUCAUUGGCAACAACGUACUCAAAACAUUCUGUCGAAGUAUGAUAGAGCGCUAAAGCAAGAACGCGACGACGCUCGAGCUGAACUGGAGAAAGCUACAGCAGAACGUGACGAAGCCCAAACAGCUCUGCAGGCCCAAAUUGAUGAGCAACAGACUGCGAUCAAUAGUGCCAAGACUCAAUUCAAGGAAGUGCUGAGGAAGAAUCGAACCCUUGACGCUGCGCUUGCAGAGAAGACUGCUUUGCAGAGCGAGCUUGACGCCACCAAAGAACAGCUUGCAUCCGCACAAGCACAAUCUCCUCCUGCUGCAGCCGCUCAGGUCAACGGCGAGCCUGGGACUCCAGCAGGGGAUACCUCCAAUGUACCUCCCUCCAACGAUGCCGGAAAUGCUCACUUGGAAGCCAGAGUGACCGAGUUGGAGACUGCACUGGCUGAGAAGAGCAAAGAAAUCCAAGAGCUCAAGGAUACUCAGGAGGAGAAAUUCAAGUCCAGAGUGGCAGCUAAUGAGAAGGUUCUCAAUGGAAGGCUACAGGAGAUAAAGAGAGAAGCCCAGAAUGCCAAGGCUGCAGCACUGGAGGAAUUGAGACUGAAACUUGAUGCCGAACAUCAACAGGAAAUUGAAGCACUUCGAGCGAGUUCGGUUCCUGUCGCUGCCGAGCUACAAAAGCCCACUGAAGGAUCUGGAGACAAUGCUCCAAUCAUCCAACCUGAUCAGAUUCCUGAUGAAGUCCUUUUGGCCCUCUCGGAAGAGAAGGCCAAGUUUCUGGUGGACAAGCACCAAGUUCUCCGCCGACUGAUGACUGCCAACAUCCGCAAACGAGUUGAUGCUGAAAAAGAGACCCUGCGUGAGAGUCUACGCAAAGAGAUCACAUCGGAACCAGGCACUCAGAGCAAUGGACCUGCUUCUGAAGACGUUCAGGAAUUAGAACGAAAAUUCGAGGCCGAGAAAGAGGCGAUCAUCAAGCAGAAAGAGUCAGAGUUCAACGCGGAAAAGGCGACUCUCAUCAAAGAAUAUGAGGACAACCUGGCACGCGAAAAGCAAGCCCUGAUCAUCCAGCACCAAGAAGAGCGGAAUACACAGAAGCUGGAAUUCGAUCAAGAAGCGGAGAGGAAAAUACAGGAGCAAGUCAAGAAUGCGGAACUCAUGGCGGAGAAGAAAUCUGCAUUGAAAGUGAAUAUGGCGACCAACAAGGCUAAUAUGGCCAAUGCCAAACUUGAUGUGGUCAAGAAAGCAGUGGAAGAGACUCCAGAGAAGCCUGUCGGUGAAGUUUGGGAAGUUGCCAAAGACGCCAAACCUCCGCCAGCAGCUCCAAAGCCGGCUGUGCCUGCCGCUGCGCCUACCGCUGCGCCGGCUGCCGCGGCUUCGCAGCUUCCAGCAACUCCUGUCGGCAAGGUCAACGGUGCUACCCCAGCCCAACCCGCACCGGCUCAACCUGCAACAGCCAACCCACCUGCAAGCACUCAGGCUUCAUCAGAGCAACCGGAUCAGAAACCUGCGGCACCGGCAGGCAAUCAAGCAUUAUCGACAGAUGCUGCCAAGCAAUCCCAGACGGGAGGCGCUGCCUCGGUGCAACAACCACAGUCAGGUAUACCGAAAGGUGGUCCUGCACGCGGUGCUCGUGGUAGUGGCAUUCCUAGAGGCCGAGGCGCUCCAAAAGGUCGAGGAGGAGGAGCACCGCACGGAAACACUGGAAACCAUCAGCAGGCUGCACGCGGUGGAGAUAAUGUCGGAAGUACGGGUCGAGGGAACUUGAAUCCUUCAGCGGCACAAUUUACGCCCGGUGGAGGCAACAAGAGAGCACGUGAGGACGGCGGCGCCAGUGACGAUGCUGGUCAAGGAAAGAGAAUACGUGGUGAAGCCACAUCCUAGGUUUUCGUUUGUUGUAUUCAUGGACUGCGGUGAAAAGGAGCUUUACAACAAGUGAUUUGCAUGGCGACGGCGAAGGAGGUGCUGCGGGAUUAGCUUGUGACAUCUACAUGUCAAGGCUUGCAAACUCCAUAUCAAAGCGGAAGAGGCAUGGGAAAACAUGCUAGAUUAGUGUAUUGUCUACAAUCCAAAUCGUGAGCUUGCUGAAAGCUGCAGUAUUGAUCAUC